AUGGAGAGCGAAUUGGUUAACGAGAUCUUGAACAGUUUGGCGCCAGUUUCAGCUCUUCAGCCAGUUCAUUUAAAGCGUAAUAAGAGCCUUGUAUUGGAUGACACAGUGAUCGACGACAAAACAAGGGACCUGUUCGUCAAUGGGUUCCAAGAGGAGUCUCAGUAUGCUACAAUGACUACAGAGAAGCUAGCUACAAGAUUUACACAGGGUCUGCAAAUGUUUGACUAUGAAAGCUUGACCGACGUAGGGCAUUUGGCUCACUGGAAGGCCUCUUCAUUCAAACCCGGUAAUCCAAUCGAGAAUGCAUUAGAUGAUAAUCCCGAUACGUUAUGGCAAAGUGAUGGAUCCCAACCUCACCAGGUCGAUGUUUAUUUCAGCAAAAGGAUGAGUAUUGUCCUUCUAGCGCUCUACUUUUCCUUACUCACCGAUGAGUCCUACACUCCAAGGUUUGUAUCGAUCUACGUGGGACAUUCUCCAAUGGAUGCAAUAUUUUACAAGAGUAUAGAAGUGAGGAACGUCAAUGGAUGGGUUGCAUUGUCUUUUGAAGACAGCCGUCCCAGCGAUAGGCUACUAAAAUGUCAGUUUAUCCGCCUGGUUUUUCCAAUUAACCAUGAAAACGGGAAAGAUACUCACUUAAGAGGCAUCAAAUUAUUCACACCCUCGAGGAAACUUGCUACAGAGACCAUUGGGCUCAUCCAAUGCUUUGGAAACGGCAGUAAGCUCAUGACAGGGUGCUCUUUACGCUGA